AUGUCAUCACCAGAAAUAGAGCCCAUUGCCAUCGUCGGCCUGGGCUGUCGCUUUCCCGGCGGCGCAGACACCCCAGAAAAGCUGUGGCAGCUGGCAUACGAAGGUCGACAGUGCUGGGAGGAGGUCCCCUCGAACCGGUACAACUGGCAUGCCUUCCAUCAUCCAGAUCCAGAAGCAAGAGGGACGCAUAACGCCCGGGGUGGCUUUUUUCUCCAGCAAGACCCUGCAGUCUUCGAUGCCAAUUUCUUCGCGAUUUCCGCCGCCGAGGCAGCCGCCAUCGACCCACAGCAGAGGCUGCUCCUAGAAGUUUCAUACGAGGCUCUAGAAAAUGCAGGGAUGCCGCUGGAAGCAAUCCGGGGGACCCAAACAGGCGUAUAUGUUGCGUUGGUUAGUCGCGACUACGACCGCAUGAUCUACAAGGAUCCGAGCCAGAUCCCGAAGUACCAUCUAACUGGGUGCGGUGAUGCAACUGCCUGCGGACGCAUCUCGUAUACCUUUGACCUGAAAGGGCCGUGCGUGAGCAUGGACACCGGCUGCUCGGGAAGUAUGGUCGCUUUGCACCUGGCCUGUCAGGCUUUAAGAUUGGGCGAGACCAAUGCGGCCAUCGUGGCAGGGACGAACCUGUUACUGGGUCCAGAUAUGACCAUCGCGAUGAGCGCUCUUCACAUGAUAAAUGAGAAUGGCCGGUGCUACCCAUUCGACAGUCGUGGCGCUGGGUAUGGGCGGGCUGAAGGUGUUGCUGCAUUGGUGCUAAAGAGGCAGGCAGACGCUGUAAGAGACGGUGAUCCCAUUCGAGCUGUGAUUCGAAAUACGGGCAUCAAUCAAGACGGCAAGACAAAUGGCAUCAUGCUUCCCAGUUUCGAGGCUCAGCAGCAAUUGACAAGCACGCUGUAUCGCCAGGCGGGACUUGACCCGAACUAUGUGUGCUAUAUAGAAGCCCACGGGACAGGGACGCAAGCCGGCGAUGCUGCAGAGGUGACUUCGAUCAAACAGGUGUUCGCAAGUGCGGCACGGACAAGAGAGCGCCCGCUUUUCCUGGGCUCGAUCAAGGCAAAUUUGGGACAUUCAGAGAGCACGAGCGGUUUGGCCGGUGUAAUCAAGACGGUCAUAGCCCUAGAAAACGCUACUAUCCCGCCACUGGCCGCACUGGAGACUCUUAAGCCGGACCUGCAUAGUCUGCUGGAGUCGACUAAGAUCAUCAUUCCGUCAAAGCCGGUUUCAUGGCCCCAUGAAGGGACUCGUCUGGCCUCUGUGAAUAGCUUUGGCUUUGGAGGGACGAAUGCCCAUGUUAUCCUGGAAUCGGCACCAUCAUUCGAGUUGCAGACCCAGCCUACUAACGGAUUCCACACAGACUCGGACUGCAUCUGCGUAGAUACUGACUCGGACAACGGCCGGCCUCAGCUUUUCAUCGUCUCCGCCAAAUCAAGGGUGUCAUUAGAGGCAGCAAUCUACAAUGUAAGGGACUGGGUCUCGAGGCACGGAGCAACGUAUAUAAAAAGGCAAGAGCUAGUCAAAACACUCUGCCACCGACGGUCGAUUUUCAAUUGGCGUGCUAGCAUUGUUGCGUCUUCGCAGCCGGGCAUCCUGUCGGCGCUGGAGAAGCCUCACACCACUAAGUCCUGGACGAAGGUCCAGGUUGUCUUCCUCUUCACCGGCCAGGGUGCUCAGUACGCGAGGAUGGGAAAGGAACUUGUAGGAUUAGAUAGCGUCUUUUCCCACUCGCUUGAUCAGUCUCAAACAAUCCUCACCGAGCUUGGAGCUUCCUGGCGCCUUUUGGAGGAACUUCUUCGCGAAGAGUCCGCGUCCAGCAUCAACUCGAGCGAGCUCUCACAGCCAGCAACGACAGCGAUCCAAAUAGCCCUUGUCGACAUGCUGGCCGAGAUGAAUGUCCGCCCGAGUGCCGUGCUCGGGCAUUCCAGCGGCGAGGUUGCCGCAGCUUAUGCAGCUGGCAUCCUAGGGCGAAGGGAGGCAUUGACAAUUGCCUAUCAUAAAGGCUUUGUGGCGGGCUGGUGCAGGAACGCCAUCUCAUCUCAAGGAGCGAUGUUGGCGGUUGGGCUGGGCGAGGCGCAAGUGAUGCCAUAUCUGCAGCACGGCUCUUCAUCGGCGGGACAGUGUACCAUUGCUUGUGUAAACAGUCCCUCGAGUGUGACUCUGUCUGGGGACCAGGCAGCGUUAGCGGAGGUGCAACAGCGGCUCGACAGAGACUCCAUCUUUAACCGGCGCUUGAAGGUUGAUAUUGCCUAUCAUUCCCACCACAUGCAGGCCGUGGCCGGGCAGUUCGGGCAUUGCCUUCGCGAUCUCCCAGCGAAGAAGGCCGCAGCAUCUGUUCGUUUCUACUCUUCGGUAACAGGAUCAGAAACCAGCACCGCGCUCGGUGCAUCCUACUGGGUAGACAAUCUUGUUUCCCAGGUGCGUUUCGGUCCGGCGCUGGAGGAGCUGACGGAGAAAUAUUUCGCAUCGAGCUCGAACAGUCUCGUCCUUUUGGAGAUGGGACCGCAUUCGGCCCUUCAAGGCCCAAUCCGCCAGAUCAUGAACUCCCUCGAACGACCAGCGGGUAGAUGGACUUAUAUCUCUAGCCUAGUUCGCAAUAAGGACGCCCAUAUAGCCGCCCUCGAGAUGAUCGGAGGCCUCUUCGAGCAUGGUGUCCAGGUUGAUCUCACUGCCGACCUCCUUGCGCUACCGAGAGAGGCGCACCCGGUCGUUACUGACCUGCCGCCGUACCCCUGGGACCAUUCGAAUACGUAUUGGCAAGAAUCACGGCUGAGCAAGGAUUACCGUUUCCGCCAUCAUGCCCCUCAUGACCUGUUGGGCCUCCGUCUGGACGGGACCAGCACCAUCGAACCAAUCUUCCGGCAUGUUCUGAGCGUAGACGAGUUGCCAUGGCUUCAAGAGCACAUCAUUGACGGCUUUGCGCUAUACCCUGGGUCAGCCUUUCUGUGCAUGGCUAUUGAGGCCCUGAAGCAGGUGUCGCAGGAUCGUGGCGGGAAACGGAAAAUCGCGAAAUACGUGUUCAGGGAUGUCUCCUUCUCCAAGGCCCUGGUGGUCCCCAGCUCACCAGCCAGUAUUGAGGUGUUGAUAAGUCUGAAGCCGUCUCGGCUGUUAAAAGGGCGCAUGGGCGUGGCAUGGGAAGAGUUCCGCGUCACCUCGGUCUCCGCUGAUGGAACAUGGAACGAGCACUGUAGGGGAUCGAUUCAUGCCGAAUUUCAUGAAGAGCACGAGCUCGAGGAUCGUACAGGAUCUGCCGGACGCUUUGCCGUCAUCCGCGAGCUCCACCUGGGUGAGCAGCAGGCAAUUGGCAGGCUGAAAGUGCCAGAUAUCGCGCCACUAAUGCCAGCCCAGCACAUGCAACCGCAUGUUAUCCAUCCGACUGUUUUUGAUGCCUUCAUGCAUAUCGUGCUACCCUUGUACCACCGACACUGCAGCCAGGGGCCAGUAAUGCUAACAUCAAUCGGAGAGGCUUCCAUAUCAGCGGACAUUCUGAACAAGCCGGGGGAUGAGCUGCUGGUCGCAUGUCGCUUAGCUCAUGCAGGCAGGAGGCAUGGGUCCGUUGAAGUGUCCAUCUUUCAACGUGAUGCACAGGGAGAUCUCAUCCAAUAUGUGUAUCGGCAGGGAACGCUGCUGGUGCCCCAGUUGGAAAAGAGCGCAUCAACCAACCAAUGGCUUGCAGCCAGCAUAAAUGGCAGCAGUAUCGAGGAGACCUCGGGCUUCCAUACAUCCGGUCGCCCUCUGCAAUUACAUUUCAAGACACCGGGCUUGCUUGACAGCGCCGUUUUCGUCCCCGUCGACGGUCUCCUGGAUACGCUGGAGCCCGAUGAAGUGUCAGUGAAAGUGUACGCCCAUGCGGUCAACAGGGUAGACAUUGCAAUUGCCUCGGAUCGCGCCGAGCCCACAGAAGUCAUGAUGGGCGAGUUCGCCGGCGUGGUUGUCGCCGCAGGGCCCCUCUGCGAGGGCGCCUACAGGCCAGGAGACCGGGUCUGUGGAUGGGGAUCGCGGCCCUAUACAAACAUUGCCAGAGUAAAAUGCCACAUGGUGCACCGGCUCGACGAUGCCAUCUCCUUCAUCGAGGGUGCAUCUAUUCCAAUCGCCUUCCAGUCUGCAGCCUACGCGCUUACUAGAAUUACCCGACUUGAAAGGGACCAGACGAUUCUUAUACAUGGUGCCGCUGGAGCGGUUGGUCAGGCCGCCAUCUCCAUUGCACAGCAUGUCGGUGCAGAAAUCUUUGCCACCGUCGGGUCCCCUGAAAAGAAACAGCUACUGGCAGAGCAAAAGGGGAUUCCGACGAGCAAGAUCCUCUCCAGUCGGACGGCUGCCUUCAGAGAUGAUAUCUUGAACCUGACUAAUGGAAGAGGCGUGGAUGUUGUGAUCAACUGUUCAUCAGGAGACUUAAUGGAUGAAAGCAUUCCUUGCGUAGCGGACUUUGGAUACUUGAUUGAUCUCACAAAGUCCAAGAUACCGCUCUCUAUGGACCGGGGCCUCAGAAAGAACGUCACCUUUGCGUCUAUCGACAUGCGACUGUUGGCAACCCAGCGGCCUAGACAGCUCAAGGAGCUAUUUGCAAAGGUGAUGGAGCUAUACCAAGAGCAAAGCCUGACGGCAAUUGCGCCCAUAACGACGAUUCCAAUCACAGACCUCAGUGCCGGCUUUAGGCUUGUGCAGAGCCAACGAUACGCAGGAAAAAUUGUCCUAGCCGCUGACGAGACAGUCUUGGUGAAGCAGCUCGCCCCCAAGCCAGAACUUCCGCAUUUGACUGCGGACGGGACAUAUGCUGUGGUAGGAGGUAGUGCGGCCCUAAACCGCAUGCUUUGCAGCUUUUUGGAGGCGAGAGGAGCAGAACAUGUCCUCAGUGUGCAGUCACCUAACCCAGCAGCGAAACCAGAUGCUCAAGUCUCUUCUCAGGAAUUAUCUACGUUGAAUGGAGUCCCGGGGCAAGCACUCUGGUCCAGAUAA